AUGGCGUCCACGCUGCUGGAGCAGGCGCGCGCGACGCACGAGGAGAACGAGCGGCUGGAGCGGCAGGCGGUGAAGGACCUGCAGCAGAGCCUGUCGUCGCACCGCGACAAGCUGUUUCAGAGCCAUCGCAUCAAGAACGUCGUCGACGCCAUCGUCGCCAACAGCGCGCGCCUGGCGGAGAUCUAUGCGGACGCGGACGGGGCGAGGAGGGACGAGAUAGCGGCGCUGGGCGGGCAGGGCACGCCCAACCCCAGCGCCACCGUCUUCACCUCCUUCUACGAGCGCCUCAAUGAGAUCCGCGAGUACCACAGGCGGCACCCGGGGGCGAGGGUGGUGGAGGGCGAGGCGGACGUGGACGAGCUCAUCAAGGACGAACCCUGGGUGCAGUUCAGCGGCGAGGAGGCGAUGGGCAAGCACGUGGACAUGCACGCGUGGCACCAGCAGUUCUGCAACGCCAAGUUUGGGCGAGCCAUGGACUACCCCACCUUUCUCGACCAGCUGCCGCAGACACACAAGAUCCCCCGCAACUUCAAAUUCACCAAGGCGUACCGCGGGUACAUAGGCGGCGUGGCGGAGUACCUCGAGUCCUUCUUCCACCGCACACAACCGCUGCAGGACCUCGCCAAGCACUACAGCAAGCUAGAGGAGGACUUUACGGAUCGGUGGGAGCAGGGGCAGGUGCUGGGGUGGGAGGACCAGGGCCUGGGGUGGGCGGGGGUGCUGCGCGGUGAGGGGGAGGGCGAGGGGGGCGAGGAGGAGGGGGGCGAGGGGUACGGCAUGAAGCAGGGUGUGGUGGACCUAUCUCAGAUGGACACGGUGGACGAGCUGCUGGAUGAGGACCUCGUGCCGCCCGCCAAGCUCAAGGAGGCGCUGGGCGCGCUGGGGCUCAAGACGGGCGGCACACCGCGCGAGCGCGCAGAGAGACUGCUCAUGACCAAGACAACACGCUUUGAGGCCAUUGACCCGAAGCACUUUGCCAAGGCGUUCGCCCCGCCCAAGAAGAAGGCCGCCAAGGGCAGCGCGGGUGCUGCUGCAGACAGCACCAAUGGCGGCAGCGGCAACGGCAGUGGCGGCGGCGGCGGGGGCAGUGUGGCGCGCGAGGUGGCGCUGGUGGAGGCGAAGGUGCAGCGGCUGUGUGAGCUGCUGGAGGAGCCCAUCGCAGAGACGCACGUGCACGUGGAGAAGAAGGCGGGGCUCACCUACGAGGAGAUGGCUGCUGAGCGCGAGGAGGAGGAAGUGGUAGAGGAGGAGGAGGAGAGUGAGGAGGAGGAGGAGGAGAUAUACAACCCGCUGAAGCUGCCCAUGGGGUGGGACGGCAAGCCCAUCCCCUACUGGCUCUACAAGCUGCACGGGCUCAACCAGGAGUUCAAGUGUGAGAUCUGUGGCAACUACAGCUACUGGGGACGGCGGGCGUUUGAGCGGCACUUCAGGGAGUUCCGGCACCAACACGGCAUGCGCUGCCUGGGUGUGCCCAACACCAAGGCCUUCCAUGAAGUCACCGUCAUCAAGGACGCGCUAGCCCUGUGGGAGCGCAUGCGGGAGAAGCAGGGAGUCAGCAAAUGGCGGCCGGAGGUGGAGGAGGAGUGUGAGGACCGCGAGGGCAACGUGUACGACCGCAAGACCUUCCAGGACCUGCGCCGCCAAGGCAUCAUCUAG